CCAGAGACGAAGCAGACGCCAUCGAAACAAGGGAAGGAGAGCGCAGGGGAGAUGGCGUCGUGGUGGUUAUCGAAGGAAAGGAAGGGGUCAGAGUGGCGGAGGGGGUGGAAGAGCCAGUUCGUCGACUCCCUCUCCCCUCCUCCCUUGCCCUUCGUCUUCAUCUUCGUCAUCGCCGUCCUCUUCCUCUCGCUGUCCAGCUACUCUGCCUACAGCAGCCAGGUCCACUCCGCCAUGAACCAGCUGAACCUCCUCUUCUUCGUCCUCCCCGUACUGCUGGUGCUCCUGGUGCGGAGCGUGUCGGUGAACGGGAGGCUCGCCUUCCGGGGGCCGCGGUGGGAGAGGGAGUCCAUACACAGGGCCGGGAGCUCGCCGUGGGGGGUGGCGCUGCUGCUGCUGCUGCUUCUGCUCAUGGUUUCCUACCAAUCGUCCUUCCACUCAAAGUGGUACAGACCUCUUUGGAGACGAGAUUACUGAUUAGGAAGAAACCCAUGAUCUUACUCUUUCUCUUUCUCUUUUGCUUUGAAGAAGACGAUCGACUUCUUGUAGUGUUUCUUUUUUUUUUUUUAUGGUCUGUAAUUUGUGGCUUUGUACAUACUCUGGCUCUCUGAAUAUAUUUCUUCAUCUUCCUCCUUUUUA